GCUGCCACUCCUGCUCUUCUCUGGGCGGCGGGGAAGCGAACCAGACCUUGUUCCUACUAACACCCACACGCACACAAACUUUUAACCUUUCUAGGAACAAAGUAAACAACAACAACACACACUUAAAGGACAACAACAAACAAAACAACAACAAAAACACCCCUAGCAAACAACGCUAAUGCGUGGGGGGUGCCGACGCGUAACCGCUUUGAAACUUAACGUGCGCAACUAAGCUAAACUAAAACCGACUAACGAACCGAACGAAAAACCAGCCGCCAUGAAGUGGGCCUGGGUUCUCCUGGGCUCGAUGCUGGCCUUGGCCGGCAUGGCGACGGUCGCCAGCGGCGACGGCCUGGAGAUCCCCACGUACGACGGCAAGGACCGUGUGCACGUGUUGACCAACAGCAACUACAAGUCCAUCAUGAAGAAGUACGACGUGAUGGUGCUGUACCUGCACCGGAACCCUGGCAACAACAAAGCCGCCCAGAAGCAGUUCGAGAUGGAGGAACUCGUGCUGGAGGGCCUCAGUAUGGCGUCACAAUCAGACCACCCUGGGCUCCUCCAAUCGGCACCCAAGCCAGCAGAAGUACUCGAAAAUAUGCAGCUUGCCGCGCAGGUCCUGGAUGAUCUGGAUGAUGAGGACGUUGGCUUUGGAUUGGUCAACUCCAAGAAAGACGUCGCCGUGGCCAAGAAGCUGGGUCUGGAUGAAGUUGACAGCAUUUAUAUUUUUGCUGACGAUGAGAUUAUUGAGUAUGAUGGUGAGAUGGCUGCCGAAACUUUGGUUGAGUUCCUCUACGACGUAAUCGAAGAGCCAGUAGAGAUCAUUUUCAAUGAGAGGGAGCUGAAAGGUUUCUUCAACAUUGAUGAGGACAUUAAACUGGUGGGCUACUUCAAGAGUGAAAAGUCCUCUCACUUCAUUGAGUUUGAUGAUGCCGCUGAGGAGUUCCACCCCUUCAUCAAGUUCUUUGCCACCUUUGAUGCCAAGAUUGCCAAGAUACUGGGUCUGAAGCUGAAUGACGUGUUCUUUUACGAGCCCUUCAUGGACAAACCUUCGACCAUCCCAGGCAAGCCUCUCACCGAGGCCGAACUGGUCUACUACAUCGAGGAGCACGACAGGCCUACUCUGAGGAAGAUGGAGGGUCACAGCAUGUAUGAGAUCUGGGAGGAUACCAUUGAUGGACAACACAUCGUAGCCUUCGCUGAAGAGGAUGACCCUGAUGGUUUUGAGUUCCUUGAGAUCCUGAAAGAAGUGGCCCGUGAGAACACAGACAUCCCCAACCUCAGCAUCAUCUGGAUCGACCCUGAUGACUUCCCUCUGCUGGUGCCAUACUGGGAGAAAACCUUUGGCAUUGACCUGAGCUCUCCUCAGAUCGGCGUGGUAGAUGUGGAGGAUGCUGACAGCAUCUGGUUGGACAUGGACGACGAUGAGGACAUGCCAACUGCAGAGGAGCUGGACAAAUGGAUUGAGGAUGUCCUAUCUGGAGAAAUUGACCCUGAUAACGAUGAUGACGAGGAGGACGAUGAUGAUGACGAUGAUGAUGAUGAUGAUGACGAUGAUGAUGACGACGAUGAUGAUGACGACGAUGACGACGACGAUGACGAUGAUGAUGACGAUGAUGAUGAUGACGAUGAUGAUGACGACGACGACGACGACGACGAUGAUGAUGAUGAUGACGACGAUGACGAUGAUGAAUAAAUCUGAACCGCCGUCUAAGAGAAGAAGCCACUUCAUGUUUAAGUACCAUCCACUGGCCAUCAUUACCAUCGUCUAGAGGCCAUUGUCUUGUUUUUUUGAAAAGUCUUUUUUUUUUAAUUAUUUAUCUUCUUGUUCUACAUCAUCUGAUUCUACCAGCAUGUAGAGACUCUCCGUCGUUGAACUGUCAUAUUUCCUCCGAAGAACUCACUAUCAGUUUUAUCUGAACGCUGGUCAAGAACCUCAACCUUAGGGUCAUCGUCUCUCUGUUAAUACUGAAGCGCACACACACGCGCGCACAAACACAAACACAAACACAAACACACAUACACACACACGCACGCGCGCGCACACACACACACAAACACACACACACACACACACACACACACACACACACACACACACACACACACACACACACACACACACACACACACACACACACACACACACACACACACACACACACACACACACACACACAAUAGGCCUAUUUAAAAUAACCCCUGUGUUAUAUUGUAUUCAUCCAAAUCACAAUGUCCACUACAAACCAUAAAGCUGUUUUCAACAAAAAAAAACACAUUUCCAACCACUAAGCAGUCUUUACAUUUGCCUGAUUUCUGUUUUAUGUCUAUUUUCACAUCUUUGUUCCUUAAUCCUGGCAACAUCGGGUAAGGGCUGUGAGGUAGUGGGUCAAUUCAGCCUGUGAUUAAUAUUUGAAAUCGUGACACACGUUUUCUCUGCCUAUACUUUAACCUAACCUGUUGCUCUGUGUCAUGAACUCGAUACACAGGUGUUGGCGUGAGUGCCUGCGUGCUUGCGUGCCUGCGUGCAUGCAUGAAUGUCAUGCACUUGAUUGAGUGAGCAGUCUCAAAGCAAGCAGAGUUACACUUUAAGAAGGAAUGUGUCAUUUUCUGACACAUGCAUUGAGUUAAGAUGGUUUUAACACGGUCUGUGUGGAAUGUGACACAAAAUGUGUCGUCCCUAAGCACACACAGCAAAUGUGUUGUCCCUGAGCACACACAAUUUGUGUGAUUUCUGACACAGUAUUUAGAGUGCAUAGUGCUUUUGCAUCAAAGAAUCAUCCACAUACUCCACAUCAACCCUUAGCCUUUAGUUCAAAAUUGUCCAUGAAACAUCCAUGUCUGUACUCUUCCCAAUUUCAUGUUGGAAGGUUAGGGGAAAAAAUGGCUGUUAUUUUGUUACUUUUUUUGAUAGAUAAGUAAUAUUUCAAAGUCUUAAGAAAACAGUUGAACCUGGAGAGAAGCUGCUGAACACUCGUGAAGUUUCCAUGGGAGAAAAAAAUGAAAACAUGAAAAAUAAUUGUAUUAUUUGUGGUCCAAUUGUUGAAAGAACUAAAUCAAAACCAAUCGAAA